AUGAUCAUUCCAGAGGCGUCACCCCCCACUUCUCUCUCGAGUGUUAAACGGGCCUCCACAUUUCUCACUGUCCUCUGGGCUUAUGUGGGAGGCACCACUGGACAUGCUAACUUCCCUGGUACAAACCUAACAGAUGACAUAAGCCGAACUAUUCUAAAAGAAUCUUGUCAGUGUGAUAUUUCUGCUGAGAAUAUUAUCAUCAAUGGAGAAACAAUCUGCCUCAGUGAACUACCUAACUCCAUCUUCUUUAAUGCUACAAUCGUGGACUACUUUGAUGCGAACAGCUCAGAACUUAGAGCAGGGAUUCAAUCCUGGGCUUCCGAGGGCCCUGUUAUUAGUAUUCUCGGUGUCCUAAUGACAAUCGUGUGGGGCGACUGCAUCUCUUGUCCUGAUCUUGCCACUGGCUUAUGCGACAGGGAAGAAUUCUCUUGCAUUUCCACUCAACCUUCGACUGGAAUUGUACAAAUCGCGGUUACAAACACCUUUUCUUCCACUGCACCCACGAAUUACAUCGAGAAUACUCAAACAUUAACAUCUUCUAGUGCACCUCGUUCCACUGAAAUGCCCAAUCCACCUCCAGUGGAGAACACUGCAGGGACACAGACAUGUGACUGUACUCAAUCUCUAUCUUCAGGAAUUCUGGGACUGAGUGUGGGGCUAGGAAUCGGAGCAGGCCUGGUUGCCUUCCUGGUGGCUGGUGGUGUUGUCCUCAUUCCAUUCUGCAUCGCGAAACGGAGACGGCGUAGCUAUGUCUUGAAACAAAGUGAUGCUACUCUCGAUGCUACCAUUAUCCCAAACGUGGCCUACAGUUUGUCACCCAUCAACCGGGACAGGGCGCUAUCCACCGACCAUCCCGAAUACGACUCAAUCAUCGCACGACCUCGCCAACCGACGCAGACAGACGGGGAAGGAGACUAUGAAGUGGGCACACCCCCCCACAUUCGCCUCAUGAGGAUAAGACAACAGGAACAAGAGUCAUGUUUGGGUCAGGGAUCACGGCAGGGAGAUGAGGAACCACAGGAGGAAGACAAAGAUUACAGAAGAAGCAGGCGGUACACUGAAGUACCAACUGACACAUAAUAAAAUUACCAAAAAAUUUUUAAAAAUCAGCUGUUGGAUUAUAUAUAAUCUAGGAUACUUAGUUUCGCAGGCUAUAAUACUAACAAUACAGCUAGCUGUAAAAAGUCAACCGAACAGCAUUAUAUAUUAAAGUGUCAUGUCCGACUCUUUCUGGGAAAAGUCCACCAUCGCAUGCACGAUAUGAAACCUUUGCAGGUCCUUGUUCCCUUGGCCCUGGCUGGAGAACCACUCUAGAACUGCCGGAAUGAACAGGAUGGCCAUCUUUUCAGCCACCGAGAAAAUGUCUGACACGAUACUCUCGUUCUUGUACACGUUCUUUGUCCACAUUGAGAGGACGAUAAAGAAAAGCAUGAGGAAUAGCUUGACAAAUACCAGGGGGACUUGUCUGCGGAUCGGUCGCACGUUCUCUGCUAUUGAGAAAUAGAGUCUAGUGCUCAUGUAGUUUACCAGGUCUCUAUGGACAUAGAGAUUCUCUCUGUAUUGAGUAGGUUGAUUUCCUAUCAACUGUACACUGCCCUGUGCAGUCUUGUGUAGGGAAAUCCUCAUUCUUCUUAUUUGGAUCUGGGAUUUGAUAUACUCAAUCUCGGAUUCCGAAUCGUUUUCCAUGAUUUGGACGACGUCUUUGAGAAUGCUGGAGUAUUGCUUGUGAAUGGAGUGGAUUAUAGCAUAGACAGUGGAGACAAAGGCAACCAACAGAACAAUGUAGUGGAAAACAAUGUCGGCUGCAAUGCUGGCACCGAGGUAGGUAAAGAUGGUGACUUCAGUCAGUAGAAAACAGAGGCUAAAGAGGGUGAGGAUAAGGUAGAGAAGAAGAAUACUGAGAAUCGAGGCAUGAAUGAAAUGCAGGAUACUUUGGAAGAGUUUUAGAAUGAAUAGCUGGUCUUGGAACCAGAUAUGUUGGAGCUCGUGACACAUCCCUAAAGCAAUGGCUCGGAAUAGCUCCUUUGCAAAGUAUGGCAGCGGAAAAACGAAGUAUGUCAACACUAUCAAAACAGAUAGACAUAGCACG